AUGUCUAGAGAGGAAAGUGAAAUUGGCUCGGCCAGAUCACGCUCUACGUCAUUAUCCAGCUCUCGUUCGGACGACCAAGUAUCCCGUACUGAGUCCCGUCAGCCAGGUUUGGCCGAGUCCAUCAAGUCGAAGUUAAGAAAGUCGAGGUCCAAUUUGAGCACGGCUCGUGUGGACCGAGUCUACUCCGCACCUCACCUGGACAACCAGUCCGUAUAUCACAGCGAUGAAGAGGAAGACGUUCCAGCGACAGACGAUGAGAAAGUUGAGAGGGGGGUGGUAAACGAGCAAGAUACGGAUGUGGAAAAAGGAAAAGCACCUCAAACUGCGCUAGAGAAGUCGCAAACGGCAAGAUCAGCCAGGUCUGCUCAGGACUCGAAGCUGGUUACAUGGACUGGUCCCGAUGACCCAGCCAACCCGAAGAAUUGGCCGAAUAAAAAAAAAUGGGCUGCCACUAUUACCGUUUCUUGCUUUACAUUUAUCUCCCCGGUGACUUCGUCUAUGGUUGCUCCCGCUUUGCAAUCGAUGGCAUCCGAUCUCCAUAUCACAGACGAGGUUCUGUCUCAAUUAACACUGUCGGUCUUCGUUCUGGCCUACGCAGUUGGCCCUCUGUUUCUGGGACCGCUCUCUGAGAUCUACGGCCGAGUCAUUGUGCUACAACUAGCCAAUUUGUUCUAUCUCGUCUUUAACAUCGGUUGCGGUGUGGCGCAGACCAAGGUGCAAAUGAUUGUUUGUCGGUUCUUCGCCGGACUAGGAGGCAGUGCUCCACUAGCGGUUGGCGGAGGUGUUCUUUCUGACUGCUUCAGAGCUGAAGAGCGUGGCAAGAGCAUCGCCAUUUACAGUCUAGCACCGCUCCUAGGCCCAGCACUGGGCCCAGUUGCGGGUGGCUUCAUUGCCGAAAAUACGACCUGGCGCUGGGUCUUCUACUCGACCUCCAUCGUCGACGCAGUCAUCCAAGUUGCUGGUUUAUUUUUCCUGCGAGAAACCUACGGCCCCAGAAUCUUGCGUGACCGCGCCAAGAAAAUGCGCACAGAAACAAACGAUGCGAACUACCAAACCGAAGCAGAACGACAGAACAAGACCCUUCCCCAGGUCCUCCGUAUCUCGCUCGUCCGUCCAUUCCGUCUGCUCUUCACACAACCCAUCGUCCAAGUCCUAGCGCUGUAUAUGGCCUAUGUCUACGGGAUCAUGUACCUUGUUCUCUCCACAUACCCAGUUCUCUGGACUAGUCCCGCGUACUACAAUGAGUCAACGGGAAUAGGUGGACUGAACUAUAUCUCACUAGGUCUGGGAUUCUGGCUCGGCAGCCAAAUAUGCGCCCCUUUGAAUGACCGCAUAUAUCGCCGCCUCAAGGCACGGAACAACGGCGUGGGUCGUCCGGAAUUCCGCGUCCCACUACUUACUGCAUCUGCCCUCCUCAUUCCAGCCGGGCUGUUCAUCUACGGCUGGACAGCUGAAAAACAUUCGCACUGGAUUGGGCCGAAUAUUGGCGCUCUCCUAUUCGGUAUGGGCAACAUCGUUACAUAUCAGUGCAUUCAGACCUACAUGGUCGACACAUACACGCGCUUCGCUGCGAGUGCUCUGGCUGCAGCUGCAUUUACUCGUUCACUUUGCGGAUUCGGAUUCCCUCUCUUCGCGCCAUAUAUGUACGAUGCGCUUCACUAUGGCUGGGGGAAUAGUUUGCUGGCAUUCAUUGCCAUUGCCAUUGGGUUUCCUGCCCCGAUAUUUCUGUGGAAGUACGGUGAGAAGCUGAGGAAGAUGAGUCCUUAUGCUGCUGGCUAA